AUGAUGUCUAUGAACAGCAAGCAGCCUCACUUUGCCAUGCAUCCCACCCUCCCUGAGCACAAGUACCCGUCGCUGCACUCCAGCUCUGAGGCCAUCCGGCGGGCCUGCCUACCCACGCCGCCGCUGCAGAGCAACCUCUUCGCCAGCCUAGACGAAACGCUGCUGGCGCGGGCAGAGGCGCUGGCGGCCGUGGACAUCGCCGUGUCCCAGGGCAAGAGCCACCCAUUCAAGCCAGACGCCACGUACCACACGAUGAACAGCGUGCCAUGCACGUCCACGUCCACCGUGCCGCUGGCGCACCACCACCACCACCACCACCACCACCAGGCGCUCGAGCCUGGCGACCUGCUGGACCAUAUUUCGUCGCCCUCGCUCGCGCUCAUGGCCGGCGCGGGUGGUGCGGGCGCGGCGGGCGGCGGCGGCGGCGCCCACGAUGGCCCGGGGGGCGGCGGCGGCCCGGGGGGCGGCGGCGGCCCAGGCGGCGGCGGCCCCGGGGGCGGCGGCGGCGGCGGUGGCCCGGGGGGCGGCGGCGGCGGCCCGGGCGGCGGGCUGCUCGGCGGCUCGGCGCACCCGCAUCCGCACAUGCACGGCCUAGGCCACCUGUCGCACCCGGCGGCGGCGGCCGCCAUGAACAUGCCGUCGGGUCUGCCGCACCCCGGGCUGGUGGCGGCGGCGGCGCACCACGGCGCGGCGGCGGCGGCGGCGGCGGCGGCGGCCGGGCAGGUGGCGGCGGCGUCGGCGGCAGCGGCCGUGGUGGGCGCGGCGGGCCUGGCGUCCAUCUGCGACUCGGACACGGACCCGCGCGAGCUCGAGGCGUUCGCCGAGCGCUUCAAGCAGAGGCGCAUCAAGCUGGGCGUGACGCAGGCCGACGUGGGCUCGGCGCUGGCCAACCUCAAGAUCCCGGGCGUGGGCUCGCUCAGCCAGAGCACCAUCUGCAGGUUCGAGUCGCUCACGCUCUCGCACAACAACAUGAUCGCGCUCAAGCCCAUCCUGCAGGCGUGGCUCGAGGAGGCCGAGGGCGCGCAGCGCGAGAAAAUGAACAAGCCCGAGCUCUUCAACGGCGGCGAGAAGAAGCGCAAGCGGACUUCCAUCGCAGCGCCGGAGAAGCGCUCCCUCGAGGCCUACUUCGCCGUACAACCCCGGCCCUCCUCCGAGAAGAUCGCCGCCAUCGCCGAGAAACUGGACCUCAAAAAGAACGUGGUGCGGGUGUGGUUUUGCAACCAGAGACAGAAGCAGAAGCGGAUGAAAUUCUCCGCCACUUACUGA